AUGCUUCUUGUUUGCCAACCCAUCUUUCUCCCUGAAUCAGGAUCAAUGCUGUGGCUUGUGAUCUAUGUCGCGCCAAUAUGGAACGCGGAUGGCGAAGCCCCGUUAUAUCUGAUCUUGCUGCACGAUAUCACCGCAGUCCGACAGCCGGUCGAUGAGGAGCUGUUGCGCAGUGGUGAGUCUCCUUACCUUAUUUUUGCUUUAACUAAAUGA